AGUGAGUUUCACGGGCACUAUUGCCGUAGGUAAGGCAGUCAUGGCAGCCUGCGCCAAGACGCUCAAGAAGGUCACGCUGGAGUUGGCAGGGAACAAUGCCUGUAUUGUUUGUGCGGAUGCCGACUUGCCAAAAGCCGUGAAGAAUGUGGCUAGUGGUGCGUUUUUUAAUGCUGGGCAGGUGUGUGUGGCUACCAAGAGGGUAUAUGUGCAUGAGAGUGUGUAUGAGGAGUUUGUGAGGCGGUUGGUGGAGGAGGUCAAGGGGAAUUAUACGGUG